AUGUUUCAAGAAAAUAUUUCCAUAAUUAAUAAAAUCCAUCUUUUGGGAUUCCAUAGCUCACAAUAUCUGAAUUACUUAUUAUUUUCUAUCCUCCUUCUGGUCUUCUGUUUGACGUUAUGUGAAAAUCUCCUUUUGGUGACUUUGGUGAAAUACAGCAGUGAUCUCCACCGGCCCAUGUACUUUUUCCUGACACAGUUGUCCAUUGCGGACCUCUUACUGACCAUAGAUAUUGUCCCAAUAUUACUCCACAUUCUACUUCAUAAAGUUGGGACUAUUUCUUUUACAACCUGCCUUACACAAUUUUAUAUAUUCGCCUGCUCUGAAUGUUCGGAAUGUCUCCUCCUGACAGUGAUGUCCUAUGACAGAUUCUUGGCCAUCUGUAACCCUUUACGUUAUACCACCAUCAUGAAUCAUAGUUUAUGUCUGAAGAUGGUCGCCAUGAAUUGGUUAGUGAGUUUCUCAAUCUCUUUGGUUGAAAUGGUAUCGAUAUCCAUGUUAGAAUAUUGUGGACCAGAUACUAUUAACCACUUCUUCUGUGACCUGCUUCCAAUACUUGAACUAUCAUGCUCAGAUAUCAAUGGUUUCCAGGUGGAGAUUAUCUUAAUAGCUGUACUUGUUCUUAUGUUCCCCUUUAUAGUGGUCAUUAUAUCCUAUAGUUGUAUCGUCUAUGUCAUCCUAAAGAUUCCUUCAGCUACCGGUAGACAGAAAGCCUUCUCCACCUGUAGCUCCCACCUCAUUGUGGUCUCCAUAUUCUAUGGGACGUUAUUUGGUGUUUAUGUUCUCAAAGGGCAAUCACUGAAGGUAUCAAAGCUCUUGUCAUUGCUGUACACCGUUGGGACGCCACUGGUAAAUCCUGUAAUAUACAGUCUAAGGAACACACAAAUCAUCAAAACAUUUAAGACCUUUAAAAAUCAUGUCCUUUGCAUUUGUCAUGAUAGGGCAUCUACUUAA